CUUGACCAUUUCAACAUUCGUACCCCGGACUCAACCUCAACCAAGGGCAGCAGCAGCAUCACUACCACCAUCGACGUUCCUCGCCCAACCCGAACCGUCGGCAAUAUCAAUAGUCCGUCAAUUGCGAACUAUCUUUACAGCUGCCAACGAUGGAUUCCUCAUCACAGCAGAAGUCCUCGGCGAAUCUCUUUCAGGUGUACCUGCGCUUGCGACCGCCCCCAGCUGGCACGGCAUCGUCUGACCGAUUCUUGGACGUGGAAGAGUGCGAUGCAGACACCCAUCCCUCGCACAUCACACUCAAUCCGCCAAAUGAUCGCAAAAGGUCGACCGAGAAGUUCGCCUUCACCAGAGUGUUCGAGGAGGAUGCUACCCAGCUCGACGUCUUUCACUGCACAGGGGUCGCCUCGCUUGUCGAGGGCGUCUUAGCCCCCCACGGCGGUCAUGGUACCGAUGCUCUGAUCGCUACUCUGGGCGUAACCGGGUCUGGGAAGUCUCAUACCAUCCUCGGCUCGCGCUCGACGCGAGGCAUGACACAACUCGCCCUUGACGUUGUCUUCCGGUCCAUUGGCUCCAAUAUGUACGACUCUCCGAGUUUGGAGGGUUCUCUCCAAGCCUCCGAUGUUUCCGACGCCACCAUAAUCUCGGCACCGUACUUCCUCGAGACCGUGUUUGCCGACUUCAGCUCAUCCCGUGGAGGAGGUUCAAGAGCUGGAACCCCAAUGCUUGGCGAAAACUAUCCGACGCCGACCCCUCGACGAAUUCUUCAGCGACCAUCAGCACUUCCUUCAGCGCCCGACAUCAGCUCCGUCAAUGUGUCGUCUGACCCCGAAUCCGAUUACGCCGUUGUUCUUUCCAUGUACGAGGUAUACAACGACAAAAUCUAUGACCUUCUAACCCCCCCUAUCAAAUCCAAUGCGACGAAGGAGUAUCGGCGCCGCCCUCUGUUAUUCAAGUCAACUGAGCAAUCCGCCGACAGGAAAAUGGUUGCUGGUCUGAAGAAGAUUGCGUGCACCAACAUGAAGGAAGCCAUCAUGGUGUUGGAAGCCGGUUUACAUGAGCGACAAGUGGCUGGGACGGGUAGCAACAGCGUCUCAUCUCGAAGCCAUGGGUUCUUCUGUGUGGAGGUGAAGAAACGAGCCAAGGUUGGCCGGAAUCGCGCUUGGGCUGGCAGCAAUUUGACUAUUGUCGACCUCGCCGGCAGUGAGCGUGCUCGAGACGCGAAGACUCAAGGUGCCACUCUUGCUGAGGCUGGCAAGAUCAACGAGAGUCUCAUGUAUCUGGGGCAGUGUCUCCAGGCGCAAAGCGGCAUGGGCAACAGCAGCAAGCCCACUGUCAUGCCGUUCCGACAGUGCAAAAUGACAGAGCUACUUUUCUCCAAUUCCUUCUCUGCGACAUCUUCUGCAGGUGUUGUGCCUCGUCGAAAUGCUCAACGAGGAGUCAUGAUCGUGACUGCAGAUGCACACGGGGACGUCAAUGCCACUUCGCAGAUCCUCAGAUACAGUGCCUUGGCGAGAGAAGUCACGAUUCCUCGUAUCCCCAGCAUUACAUCGACCCUGCUAGCAGACACACCUGCACCCUCGCACCCAUCGUCGGGGAUGAAGUCCCCCGAUCUACUUCCACAGCGGAGAGGCUAUUUCGCACACGGUUCAUCAGGUCACCGCAACUUUUCGCCAAGCUCCGACAAUGGAGACAGAGUUCUGAUGGAACAUGCGGCGCUAGAGAUCGCUCGGAUGCAAGAAGAGAUAACCAAUCUUCACAUUGAACUAGACAGUGAGCGUGAAGCCAGGGUAUCUACCGAGGCACAUCUUCUCAGCAUGGAAGACAGGCUAUUAGAGCUGGAGCAGACGGUGCGUGAGGAUUGCAUGGCCGAGUUUGAUGCCCGAUUCGAGAUGGAGCUGGCUCGAUGGAAGGCAACACUGGCUGCUGAACAAGAGAAGGGUGAAGAGCACUGGGAUCGUAAAAUGGAGCUCUUUGAGAAAGGCCUCGGCGUCACCCUCGCGGAAGACGAUAACGUCGGCGAGGACAAGGAAAACUUGUUGGUUGAGGAUCUCGAAGACGAGAACGAGAGACUUCGGCGGGAGAAUGAGAUCCUGAGACGCGAGCUUGCGGCGAGGAGUCCAACCAAGCGCAAGCCGCUUCGGGAACGAGACGACUUUGGAGGCCCCAAAGCUGGCGCCGGCCCCGCCGUCAGCAACCUAGGUCGGAAGAUGGAGCAGCUGCGUGUUAGUAACGAAACCCCAGCCAUCAAUGGAAACACGGGGAGCCCGAAGAAGAUAAGGAAGCUCGCAACGAAGCGGUGGGACACGGUUACGGAUGAUGAGUUUUGAUCCACUGGUCCACGCAGUACUCUUGUGAGAGUUGUUUGCGCCGGCUGGUUGCGCUUGUUUUCCUGGCAUAUACCCAUGUUUUUCUACACAUUCGCUCUCCAGGGGGUUCUGGCGUUCGAGAGGUUGGUUGAGUUAGCAAUGAUUGCAAGCAUAGAACAUAAUGACACUAAUCUGACCACUCCUC